AUGACCUGCUCUUGGAAAAUAUUUUCACCACACCCGUCAGCUCAUAUCCUGGUACAGUUAAAGGGAGUUUGGAUAGGGGAUGACGACUUCAUAAGCAUAUAUGACGGCCCUCUCCAGAACCUGUCCGCUGCCCUUGUAUACAACUUCACCGACCAAUCCGGCAGUACUGAUGUAAAGGACGCGAGGAGUGGAAAAGCGUUGGUGGUCUUUACAUCAGGGAAUAAAAAACAGAAGGGAGAGAGAGGUUUUACCAUCUUUCUGUUGGCUAUCACUACCGCAAAGCCUACAUUGGAUUGUCAGAACGAAACAUUGCUGGCUACUACGAGUCCAAAGUUUCUGACGUCACCAGGAUUUCCAGAUGGAUACCCGCCAAACAAGACCUGCUUUUGGACAAUCCAGGCUCUGUCGAAAAGGCACAACCUUUAUAUAGAGUUACUAUUUCAUGAUAUUGAGGAGGGAGACGAGGACUGCAACUAUGACUACGUGAAAGCCUACACCAAAAAUAAAGAAAAUUCAACAACAACAACUGUUUUUACAAAGUGUAAAAGUAACGUCUGGGACAACUUGUCUUUCAACGUGACCGGGAAGGAGGUAUUCCUGGAGUUCUUCAGUGAUGUUUCCGAGACCCGGACAGGAUUCCUUCUUCAAUACUCGUCGGUACGAAAACCUGGGACAGUCACCAAACCAAAAUCUCGUACGAAAACGAAGGAGGUUGUAACAGAAAAACCAAAACAGGUUACAGUAUCUACUCUUGAACCGGAAGAAUCCAAAAUUGAUCCACUUGUGUCUCCUCCAGUAUCACGGAUAGAUGUGAUUCCCUUACCUCCCCUGUCACUGCCUGCUAUUGAUUAUUUUCUAGCACCAUGUGGUAUGUGUUGUACCUACUCAGGCGUGGACUGUUUCCAGGACUGUUUCUUAUGCGAUAGGCAAUCCUGGGAUAUCUUAAUGUAUCCGGAUGUCAUAAACAACUUCAAUUUGAACCUGUGGUAG